AUGUCUUUAGGUGGCCUUGUUAGCGAGAAACCUUUCUUUUUCUCAUUUGCAAAGCGAUGGAGCGAUUCUUACGACAAUGACUCCAUUCCCAAGGAGGAUCUUCCCUAUGUGAAGGAGCUGCGACUUCUGCUAUCGGAAUUUGAAGUCGGAAGCAUUGAGCUUUUUAUGCGUGUUUACGAAGACGACUUCAUCUCACCACUCCUAGAGACCAUAAUCCGACUCUACGGCAACAUCAAGAAGAUUGACCUCGAUGAGCCCACCAAGGAAACCAUUUGGUUGGACGACCGGACUUAUAGCGCAUACUAUCCAAACUCAUCUACUUCGCCCCCUAUCGCGGAACUUCGCGAUGGCGGAUUGGCUCGUCUUCCAGAACAAUCCCGGAGCAACGUGGACCAAGAUGCUGCUACGAACUCCAAUCCAGGUGUCAGAGGAGACGCUUACUCACAGAGCGCUUCAGCUCGAUACUCCCCUACCUCGAGAUGUCCCAGGGUACCAUUGACAGCGAAGAUGUUGUACACUUUCCUUUCGGAAGAGUGGAUGGAUCUGUCAUUUGUAGCCCAAGUGCUGCCCGAAACAAGUAAGGCCGGCGAGCUUGGUCUCUAUCCCGCUCAGAUUUCCUUCACGAUCUGUGGUACCAGUGUCAAGCAAUAUGUUGCUUAUGGAUUCGAGGAUGCCGAAUUUGACGCAGACCGAGAAUUUGGUGAGAACGAGUUCUCGGUGGAUGGAAAGCACGCCGAUCAAAUGACCAAGGGGGAGGAGGACGCAAACCGCCCGAUAUGGGAUCCGAGAGAGUACUUUUUGUUGGUCUUGAGUCAUCGGAUCCGACAAAUACGCCUAGAAUGGGAAGGGUUCAUCUUGACUGUAGAGCUUGCUUUCACCAUGCGCAUGUCUCACCCUUUGAGAUGGCAUCAUCGCCUGCUUGGCGUCUUACGCAGGACAUUGCCGGUUCUGGAAGACAUACUGGAUGUGUGGGACAUCUUCCUCGGAGCAAACGGAGACUACCAUUACUUUUCUAAUUCAACCGCCGGAUCCGAUGCUUCGAGAUUCCCUAAGAUGCUUCACAACAUGAACAGAGAAUUCGAAGAACUGAGGCGGCUCCAUAGAACAUUGUCGCGCGUACAGAGUCAGUGCGAAAAAGAAGAAACGUCAACCGGGGCUCGAAUGAUGCAGCAAAACAACUACAUCGCAAUGCUCAUGGUGCAGUGGCUCGGUCCGCUCGGUCUUGUUAUAUCCUUCUUCGCUAUUGAAAAACCCAUCAUGGACUUCAAGCACAACUUGGUUUCCUUUAUCGGGUUCAACUUGGUCCUAAUGUUGUUGGUUCAUCUUGUACGGGUCGUCGGGGAAGGACACAUGUACCGACCCCAAUGGUGCGGUACUAUUGCAACUCGGGUGGAGAGCAUGAGGUACACCCGUCGCGCGAAUGUCACGAAGACCGCAACGAGCGAGCAUGUCAUACAGCGGAGGCAGACUUAUUCGUAG